GAUGGAAGAGGAGUCUUAGCAAUUACAAAUCAAAGAUUCGAACGGCUCCCUUCUCCCACAGAAUUCGCGUCUCAAAUCGAAUCCAAAAAUGUGCUCAAUGGAUGCAUUAAGAACUGGAAAGCUUUCGUCGAAUGGAAUCCGGCUAAUGGUGGCCUCUGUUACUUCAAGGAUCAUCUACUGUGGAAGCUGUGCUAUCUAAAACAGCACCCGUGUUUGACGGUGAUAUUAGAAGCCAUGAAAGGGCAUCAGGAUGCUGUUACUGAUGUAGAGCCCAGUUUGCUUUCUGGCGAUGCUCCUCGACAAAUUUAUAUAGCACAGUUGUUUUAUGCCUCCCUUCUGCAAGUCCAUUUUUUACCCAAAGCCUGUGAUCGUUCUGUUGCUCUUGAAAACACUGACUUCUCAUUAUAUCUGAGAGCAAAAUGCUCCAUGGACUAUGCUCAGAAGGUUUUUCUUCAUGCAGGACAGAACCAAGCACUCCCCAAGGCUUCUCCUGGCUCAGAGAAACUGAAGAGGCAUACAUGUGAGCUGCUCCGUAAUGGAGGAAGAGUGGGAGCGGAGGUACUUGCAUGGAAGUUUGAUGAAAUUGAUCAAGAGACAAUAGAAGGCGAUUGGAACAAAUUCUACCAAGGCUUUUAUGGUGCAUUUGAUGAUCAAUUUGCUGCAAUGGAUGCAGUCCUUAACGGGAAGGAAUUAUAUGCUCACUGGGCAUUUGAAAAUUCUCUCGAUAAAUACCCGGGAGUAAACUUUGACGUUCCACCACCAAUUUGAUAGGCCAUGCAGUGAUGCAAUUUCAUGAAAGAAUUGGUCCCACCUGCAGUAUUAAAAGAGUCGAGCAAAGCAUUUCCAUAGAAGCAGCUUUCUGUCAUAAUCGGUACUUUUACAUGUGACUCAUCCAUGCUGUAGAAAUAUAAAUGAUUGCUAACUUUGAAUAGUGCUGUAUAUGUCACAUCUUUCAAUUUGCCACACUAUCCCAAGUAAUUUGAGUUUGUAGUCUGAAUUAUGAAA